ACUUUACUUGAAGCUGAUUUGAGGCAGUCGUAAAUACUAAAAUAGUCUACAAGUAGUCCUGUGUUUAUUUUCUGUCCGUCUAUUCGUUUCGUGAAGCCCCUUUAGCAGUGGCGUUGUGGAGUGCUGUUGAACAUGGCCACCGGGGGCAGAGGUUCCCAAUCUGAUACCCCGAGACGAGACAAGUCUCUUGGUCUCCUCACGUCGAAGUUUGUCGCUUUGCUGCAGGACUCUCCAGAUGGAGUUCUGGACUUGAAACAAGCCGCCGACACUCUGCAAGUGAAGCAGAAGCGUCGAAUUUAUGAUAUAACCAACGUGCUGGAGGGAGUCGAACUGGUCGAGAAGAAAUCUAAGAACAGCAUUCAGUGGAAGGGCAAACGACCCGACAGCAAUGGUAGUGAAGGGAACGAGCAGUUGCACAGGCUACGGCAGGACUUGGACGACUGUUGCCGGGAGGAAGAGCAGCUGGAUAAGCUACUAGAGUAUGCCAAGCAAAGUGUCCGAAACGUUACGGCCGACUUCGUCACGCAGAAGGACUUGUAUCUGUCUCACGAAGACCUGUUCAAGCUGGAUGACCUAGUCAAAGAUGAACAACAGUGCAUCAUCAUUCAGCCUAAGCCGGGCGCCACCAUGCAGUGCAGCACCGCUUUUUCGCCGACAACAGCGAAUGUUGUGAACAAGGUGGUGAUUAGUAGCAAUGGAAUAGAGGCUAUAGAUGCUGUGGCACUCAAUCCUCGCGGCGUCCGCAUUAGUCUGGGAGGCAUGACAUCACUGCAAACCGGCACAGACACAGAUGAUGCGACAUGUCCGAGCACUGCCUCCAUGGCCACUGCUACAGCAACCAGCGAGAUGGGCACGGAUGCAUCGUCCAUUGGUCCACCGUCUUCUACUGCUGCUGCUGCUGCCACCGCCGCCAGUACUGCCAGUGAGAAUUCGUCAGAGGAUCUAACUGCCUCGAGUGUCACCACUUCCGAAGCAUGCCUUAUAGCAAGUGAUGAGCUGAUUGAGACCCCAAGUAAAUCGUCCAUCUUGAGUGAUGAUGAUGAUCCGCUUCAUGACCUCUGGUUCAAUAACGCAGCAGCUGCGAUGGGCAGUCCUCUUGAUUGUCACGCAGAUGUGAUAUUCGACCUCAUGCAGGAUGGUAUUCGGCCACUAAUCAGUUUGUCACCACCGCCCAUUGAACAAUACUUCUACAACUUGGACUUCAGAGAUGAGGGUCUCGCCGACCUCUUUGACCUGGUACCGACAAUACGUUCCUAGUUCCUUGACCAUAGAAAAGCACCAAACCCCUCGACACACUACUAACUGUUAGACGCAAAAGUUACUCCUCAAAACGUUGAUGAAUCGAGCCGAUGAUCUUUCCACGCAACAUAGAUGUCAGCACCUGUUCUACUUUAUACUUGUUAACAUCACACACUAUCUCCAUCAUAUAACACUUAGUAAUUAGUAAAGCUUGGCCAAACUACUCCUACUACGCCCCUACUCUUACAAAAAGAAGCCAUUUGAACGACGUGUAAUACCAUGACUUAUAUUAUAUUACAGCAUAUGAUAGUAAUUCCUCACGCAAAAGACACACAACAUCAAGCUAAUUCUACAUGCUCUGUGAAUAAAACACUUUGGUGCAUGUACAUAGGUAAAAUUACAUACUACACCCGCUGCUGCACGUCAUUGUACCAUACACCGUCGUUGUUAUCGCUUCCUAGACUUCCCUACUCCGUAUUUUGCAUUUGCUUCAUGUUAUGUGUACAGUGUGUUAUGCUAGCAAACCUGGUAACUUAGGGCCAAGGUAUUCGCUUCUCCUCGCUGUGCUGUUCCAGCCCAUCUCUUUGUAUACUUGAAGUACUCGUAUACAGGCUGUGCAGCUUGCUGAACCCUUUUGAAGGUUUUCCCACAACCAGUUAUCAUCUUUUAAUUUUAUGCUCUGUGUGAGCUUUGUUUUGACAUCUCCCUAAUAUGUUAUUGUGUGUGCUUGAAAGUGUCAAGUGGCUCCUAUCGUA